AUGUUCUCCAAGCUCAGCAUCGCGGCCACCGCCCUCGCGGCCCUCAGCGCCCCCGUCGCUGGCCAGACCUACCGGCGCCUCGGCUCCUGCCCGUCCCUGGGCUGCGUCCUGCCCCCGGAUCAGGCUGACUUCCUGCCGGGCCAGCUCUUCGAUCUCCGUGUCGAGGUCCACGCGCCCGUCAAUGGCUCCGAGGCGGCCCACGACGGCAAGCCCGACGAGAAAUUCAAGGUCACCAUCGCCAAGGAUGGCGAGAAGCCCCGCGACUUUGCCGACGCCUUUGGUCUCGACGAGCCCAAGCUCGAGAAGUGGGACUUUCAGUGGUACGAGGACCUCUUCGCCGAGGACGCGGACAAGCCCUCCGUCGUCAAUGUGGCCGCUAAGGCCUACCGCAAGCUUGCCCUCUACGAGCCCGGCACCUACACCGUCACGCUGAGCUACUACGGCAACGAGACCACCACCGCCGAGUGGACGGUCCGCGACGUCUCCAAGGAGCGCAAGGCCAAGAACGUCAUCCUCUUCAUCGGCGACGGCAUGACCACCAACAUGAUCACCGCCGCCCGCCUCAUCGCCCACAAGGCCAUCAACGGCAAGUACCAGUCGCUCAUGAAGAUGGACGAGUUCCCCGUCAUCGGCCACCAGAUGACCCACUCCCUCGACAGCUACAUCACCGACUCGGCCAACUCGGCCUCCGCCCUGUACUCGGGCCACAAGUCCAGCGUCAACGCCAUGGGCGUCUACGUCGACUCGUCCGCCGACCACUUUGACGACCCCAAGGUCGAGACCAUUGUCGAGGUCUUCAAGCGUGUCCACAAGGGCAUCUGGGGCGCCGUCUCCACGGCCCUGCUGGCCGAUGCCACCCCGGCCGCCCUGUCCGGCCACAGCCGCUCCCGCUACGACUACGGCGCCCUCAUCGACCAGGCCCUGAACGGUGUCACCAACUUCACCUGGACCAAGCAGACCGGGCCCGACGUAUACUUUGGCGCCGGUGCCGAGCAGUUCUUCCCCAACGGCAACUCGUACCAGGGCAAGGAUAUUUACGACCAGUUCGCGGACAAGGACUUCCAGGUCGUCAUGAACCGCACCAGCCUCCUCGAGCUCGGCGAGGACGACAAGGCCCUCGGCGUCUUCUGCCAGGGCAACCUCCCCGUCUGGCUGGACCGCAACGUCUACACUGACAACCUCAAGGGGCUCGAGAACGACCCCGCCGGCGGAGACGGCGACGCCCUGGACCUGCCCGGCCUCACGGACAUGACCACCAAGGCCGUCGAGAUCCUCGACAGCCGCAAGGGCGAGGAAGGCUUCUUCCUCAUGGUCGAGGCCGCCUCUGUUGACAAGCAGAUGCACGCCCUGGACUACGACCGUGCCCUCGGUGAUCUCCUCGAGCUCGACGACGCCAUCCGCGCGACCAUCAAGCUUCUCGAGGAGCGUGGCUCCCUCGAGGAGACGCAGAUCCUCGUCACCGCCGACCACGGCCACGGCUUCGACGUCUACGGCUCGGCCGAUACCGAAUACCUCGAGGCCCAGGACGACGAGCGCGCCAAGCGCCGUGCCAUCGGCACCUACGCCAACUCGGGCGAGUCGCAGUACACCCAGCCCCGGAACGUCAAGUACGGCACCGGCGCCAACUUCCCUACCGACUGGGAGCCCCGCUACGCCAUCGCCGCCGGUGUCGGCGCCCACCCGGACAUGCGCGAGAACUACAAGGUUCACAAGAGCCCCCGCAGCCCCACGGUCAGGAUUGGUGAUGAGUAUUAUGCCAACCCCGAGGACGGCGAGGGCGGCUUCGUGACCAACGGAACGCUCGCCACCGACGAGGCCGUCGGCGUCCACUCGCUCACGGACGUCCCCGUCUACGCCUGGGGUCCCUGCCAGGACCUGUUCCAGGGCACCUUUAAUAACGUUGACAUCUUCUACAAGAUCUCCGAGUGCCUUGGGCUUGGCGUCGACGAGGAGUCGGGGGACGGUGGUGACGAUGGCGAGUGCAAGACCUCCCGACGCAAGCGCCAGCACAACUAG